AUGCAAAAUUCAACAUCUCUCUCCAGCGACCUGAUGCAAACAUCCAUUUACUACAGUAAAGCUGCGGAAAUUGGAAGAGUGGUCCUCGUAUUCCCAAUUGUUCUUUGUUUCUGCUUUUUCCUCUACUUGAUCGUUGUGAUGUUACAUUUCUACUUUACUUCCCCUCGUGUGAAAGAACAUGCUCGCUAUGUGCUCUUUGCCCACAUGCUCAUUAAUGAUACAAUGUAUCUUAGUGUCGCACUCUUUUUUUUACUGGCUGCCAUGUUUGUUCUUCCGAUCCCUAUGGCCAUCUGUUAUAUCCUGGUCACAUUGGCAGCUUCAUCAUUUAAGAUCACUCCAUACAACCUGGCAUUCAUGGCUCUUGAACGUUAUAUAGCUAUCUGCUUCCCACUGAGGCAUGUAACACUUUGCACUCCACAAAGGUCAAAUGCUGCUAUCGCACUUAUGUGGGUAAUUGGAUUGAUCCCAAGUCUUGCAGAUUUUGUUGCCCUGUGUAAGUCAGUUGAUAAGAACUUUUUCACUCUUUCUGUGAUCUGCACAAGGGAAAGUCUGACAAUUAAUGACCUUCAAAAAUCCAUAAGGUCAUUUUCCCUAAUCAUCUCUCUAACACUUGUAGCUUUGAUCAUUUUAUUCACCUAUGUAAAGGUCAUGUUGGUUGCUCGACAGAUAAGCUCCGGUGGUUCUGCUCUUAAGGCUGCUAAGACUGUUAUGCUUCAUGCGUUCCAGCUCCUGUUAUGUAUAAUGUCUUUAUCCUCUUCAUUUACUGAGCCAUACUUCCGAGAUUAUAUUUUUUUAUUCAUUAUGGGAAACUUCAUAAUUUGUAUGUGUUUACCGAGAUUUCUGAGCCCUUUAAUCUAUGGGAUGAGAGAUGAGAUCUUCAAACAAUGCAUUGGAAAAAUGUUCCCAAAGAGUCUCAAGCAACCAUGCUGUAAAUUAAGGUCAAAUAAACUUGAUGCACAUGACUCCUAG